AAUGAACUUGUAACAUAACCUUGGCCGUGAGUUUACAUAAAUAGGCUCGACGAGAAGAAAGUAAAAGCAAUAAUCUUUCUCUCGCAGUUCCAAAAUGGUUCGAAAAUAUCACACAAAAACUAUGGAGCUUCUGAAAUAUACCUUGAUCGGUUUGAUCGUGACGUGUUUGUCAGUGGCAGCUGAUCCAUUAAAACAAAAACCACAGACAUUGAAUUCUUCACCUGCAAAAAAAUCCCAACAACAAGUAGCUAAUGAGUUAAAGCCAGAUUUUGUACCAAUAUACAUGUAUGCCAGAGAAAAUUCAUUGGAUGGUGAUUAUAACUUCAAAUAUGAAACCGGAAAUGGCAUUUUCGCGGAAGAACGCGGCGUUAUGUUGAACAAGGGAACUGAAGACGAAGCGAACUCGGUGGUCGGCUCGUACAAGUACAUCUCUCCGGAAGGAUUACCGAUAGAGGUGACGUACACCGCAGGAGUAGAAGGGUUCCGAGCAUACGGAGCUCAUUUGCCCGUUGGUCCACCAGCGGCGUCCAACUUGCCCAAAAAUUUGGCGUACAAAAACGUCGCCCAGACGACCGCCUUCGCCCGGCCCCAGUUUAGGUCGACCAACUCCGAUUCGUCGGACGAUGACGGUCAAGCGCGGUCGGAGCAACAGCUUCAAACAGUUUCGGAGCUGCCACAAGUGCGAUCAUCGGAGCAGCCACAAGUGCGGUCAUCGGAGCAGCCACAAGUGCCAUCGGCGACCGAACAGGUCAGCGCUGGUCAAGCGGCCAACGACUUGGCGGAACAGUCGCAGAAUGUGUUGUUCGUGGGCCAAGGGCCAACUGAAAAGCCACUGGAGAUGAUCGUACAAGCAUCGGUCGCGGCGGCCGACCAAUCGCAAGGCCCGUCGGCCGGUAAUCCCCAAGACUAUUACCAACAGUUCCAAGGCCAACCCGUUCCGGAACUGCAAUCGGCCUACCCGUCUUCGGGACCUACACCACAACAGCAGCAGCAACAGCAGCAACAGCAGCAACAGCAACAACAGCAGCAACAGCAACAACAGCAGCAACAGCAACAACAGCAACAACAGCAGUCCACCAUGCAGAGGUUCGAACCUCCCAGAUCGUCUGCGCCAUCCGUCGUGCCCGUCCUGCAGACGAUGCCCCAGGCUGUCCAGACUCAGCCAAAGGUCGUGCCAGUAUUGCAAAGGCUGGUGCCCGGGGGAUAUCAACAGCAACAGCAGCAACAGCAGCUGCAGCCUCAGUUCAACGCGAGGCCGGUCCAGCAACCACCUUUUAACCAACAACAACUGCCUUUCAACCAGCAGCGACCGAUUUUCAACCAGCAGCAACGGCCCGGAACUGUACGUCAGUUCAGCAUUGAGCCGCAGCAAAUGUGGUACGUUCCGAACAACCAACAAGGACGGUACUUCCAGUUGCCCCCUAUGCAACGAACACUGGGACCGCCCAAGUACUAGGCUUCGUCGUCGUCUGCAAGUUUACCAACAACUGUUCGAACCUUCGUCUUAUUCCGCGAUCUUUUUUUUCUGAUUUUUUUAUAUUAUAUGUAAUUUAUUAUAUUUUAAUAAUUAGUACCCACCUAAAAUAUAUACAUAUGAUACUAUAUUAUAAUAUAAUAUACGUAAAUGUACUGUCGAUUAGCUGUGUAGUAUUGUGUAUUUGUGUAUACGUCUUUAUAAUAAUAUGAUGGUUUGUACGACGAUUGUCGUCUAGCGUAUUCGUGUGAAAAUAUUUAACAUAAAUCAAUAAAUUCGAUCACUGCGAGCGUGAUCAAUGGGUACUUGAAUA